CUUCAAGCAUCCACGCUGCAUGCAACCCGGGGAUUUAAAGUAGUAUUAGACAAGUCACAGAAUCCGCUGGUAUGGAUUUGACGCGCAGAUGUCCUUAGGAGUGCGCAGGCGCGCCACCACGUCUCCUCCUUCUACCUGAGGGGAGCGCACCUUGAUCCAACGAGACGGAAGUUUUGUGGGGAAAGAAGACGGCGGAAUCUGUUUUCUGUCUCCACGCGCAAAGUUCGUGUGUAGUUCAGGCGACAAACGAGAGAAGCUCAAGUCAAAGCAGGGAUGCCAUGUGUUGAACUGUGAAGGGAGAUUUUUAAGAGAAACUUUCAACCAUAACCUGUGUGGUUCAGCGACUCAUGCUGAAUCUCAAUCCCAAGGCCGCCUGCUCUCCAUUAAGGAAUGACAGCUCUCCGCAGACUGCUCCGGAGGCGACUGCACCCACUUAAACUGGUGGUCGUGGCCCUCGUCUUUGUCACGUUUGUCUUCUUCAUACAAUGGGAGGUGGGGAGCCCGAGCCAGCAGGAGGAGCCCUGGCUGAAGGAAAUGGCAGUGAAGCGGGACUCCAUGCUGGGCAUGGUGAUGGGAGCUGUCAAUAACUUCAAGGACGUCAUGCCAAAGAUGCAGAUCAGAGCCCCCGUGCGUCAGCAGGACACGGCCGACACCGCGUCCUGUCUGCCAGGUCACUACACCGCCGCUGAGCUCAGGCCAGCCCUGGAGCGGCCACCUCAGCACCCUCUUGCUCCCGGAGCUUCGGGGAAACCUUUCCACACGGAGUCGCUGAGCCCAGAGGAGCAGAAGGAGAAGGAGCGGGGAGAAGAGAAGCACUGCUUUAACCUGUUCGCCAGUGACCGCAUCUCCUUAAGCAGAGACCUGGGUGCAGACACAAGACCACCAGAAUGUAUCGAGCAAACCUUCAAGCGGUGCCCCCCCCUGCCGACCACUAGUGUGAUAAUUGUGUUUCACAAUGAGGCUUGGAGUACCCUGCUGAGGACGGUGUACAGUGUCCUCCACACCUCCCCGGCCAUUCUCCUCAAGGAGAUCAUCCUGGUGGACGACGCCAGCGUGGAUGAUGCGCUGAAGGACGGGCUGGACGAGUAUUUGAGGCAGCUGAGCAUUGUGCAAGUCGUGCGCCAGCGAGAGAGGAAAGGACUCAUCACUGCUCGGCUGCUCGGCGCCUCCGUGGCCACUGGUGACACGCUCACCUUUCUGGAUGCCCACUGUGAAUGCUUUAAUGGGUGGCUGGAGCCUCUGCUUGCAAGGAUUGCGGAGAACUACACGGCGGUCGUCAGCCCUGACAUCACAACUAUCGAUCUGAAUACCUUUGAGUUCAUGAAGCCGUCCCCAUAUGGCCAGAACCACAACCGGGGUAAUUUUGACUGGGGCCUGGCUUUUGGCUGGGAGAGUCUUCCAGAUCAUGAGAGACGGAGGAGGAAAGAUGAAACAUACCCGAUCAAGACUCCCACAUUUGCUGGCGGACUCUUCUCCAUCUCAAAGGAAUAUUUCUACCAUAUUGGAAGCUACGAUGAAGAAAUGGAAAUCUGGGGUGGGGAGAAUAUUGAAAUGUCCUUUAGGGUGUGGCAGUGUGGAGGACAGCUGGAGAUCAUCCCUUGCUCCAUUGUCGGUCAUGUUUUCCGCACCAAGAGCCCUCACACCUUCCCCAAGGGAACACAAGUGAUUGCUCGGAACCAGGUACGACUGGCCGAGGUGUGGAUGGAUGACUACAAGGAGAUCUUCUACCGGCGACACCAGCAAGCUGCGCAGAUCGCAAACGAUAGGACAUUCGGAGAUACCUCCAAACGCUUGGAGCUCCGGACACGGCUGCAGUGCAAAGACUUCUCCUGGUAUUUGAAGAACGUUUAUCCAGAGGCCUUCAUCCCCGAUCUCAACCCACUUCGCUUUGGCUCUUUGAAAAAUGUGGGCAAAGACGCAUGUCUGGACGCCGGAGAGAACAAUGAGGGGGGGAAAGAGCUGAUCAUGUACCCAUGUCACGGACAAGGAGGAAACCAGUAUUUCGAGUACUCCACGCAUCGAGAGAUUAGACACAACAUCCAGAAGGAGCUGUGUUUGCAUGGGGGUGUGGUGGCGGUGAAGCUGGAAGAAUGCCAGUUAAAGGGCAGGAAAACGGUCGUAGGACCAGAGCAAAAAUGGGAACUGAAGGAUAACCAGUUAUUCUACAUUCCAGGACUGAAUAUGUGUCUGAGUGCCCGUCUUAUGCAUCCCUCUCUCGCCGUGUGUAAUCCCUCAGACAGAUACCAGCUCUGGUCGUUUGUCUGAGUGUGGAAAACGACCACUUUACCAAUAGCUUAUUUGUAUGCAGAAGCAUACUAGGUCACUGAGUACACCGUAAUGUAUGCAGCUCAUUUUUUUUAGAUCAAUAACAAGGAGUUUUAAUUUAUUUUUUAUAUGUAGAAGAACUGAACUACUGCUGCUGCUGCUGCUGCUGCUGCUGCUGCUGGAAGGUUUUGACUUUGGGACAAAUGCAGUGUUUCACUGUUGGAAGGAAGCAUUGAAACGAUGCCCCACGUAGACUGAACUGAGCUUCAUAGAGCAGUUAAGAUGCACUGUGUUGACAAGUUCCUCUUUUGUGUUCGAGAUGUUUUCGCCUUCAACACACACACGCAAACACACAGUGUUAGGUUACAGUAAAUAAAGCCAACGCAUA